UCUGUGUGAUCAGCUUUGUCGUGGCCAUCUCAAAGAGAAUCACCACACUCACCCUAAAGGACUGAGGCACGGAGCUUGUCAAGGCCACGAUUUUCCCAGCAUGGGCAUGAGUACUUUGAAAUUGUUGAAGUAUGUCUUGUUUUUCUUCAACUUGCUCUUUUGGUUCUGUGGCUGCUGCAUUUUGGGCUUUGGGACCUACCUCUUGGUCCACAACAACCUUGGAGUGCUCUUCCAUAAACUCCCCUUCCUCACGCUGGGCAAUGUGCUCAUCAUCGUGGGUACCAUUGUCAUGGUGGUUGCCUUCUUGGGCUGCAUGGGCUCCAUCAAGGAGAAUAAGUGCCUGCUUAUGUCGUUCUUUGUUCUUCUGCUGAUUAUCCUCCUUGCUGAAGUGAUCUUGGCCAUUCUGCUCUUCCUGUACGAACAAAAGCUGCAUAACUAUGUGGCUGACGGCCUGAACGAAAGCUUCCAACGUUACUAUUCAGACAACAGCACCAGGGCAGCGUGGGACUCCAUCCAGUCAUUUCUGCAUUGCUGUGGUGUAAAUGGCACGAAUGAUUGGAUCCAUGGCCCACCAGCAUCUUGUCCCCAAGGUCAACAAAUUCAGGGUUGCUAUACAAAAGCACAACUGUGGUUUCACUCCAAUUUCUUGUAUAUCGGAAUCAUUACCAUCUGUGUAUGUGUGAUUCAGGUCCUGGGGAUGUCCUUUGCAUUAACCCUGAACUGCCAGAUUGACAAAACCAGCCAGGCCUUAGGGCUGUGACCCACCACUGAGCUAUGCUGAAGAGACUUGUCUCAUCUCUGAAAAUACAAAACCACUUAUAGCAUGAAGCCCCAAACGAUCACCUUCUGGACUGGCAUCUUUGUCCUCCUCUCAUCUCUUCCCUGUUGGGCUCCCUCUCUUAAACAACCAGAGAAGAGGGUACAGACCAGGAGCUUCAUAUCUCAGACACCCAGAUAACCAUGCACCUACUGACGGCAACAGCCAUGUCCCUCAAGGUGGUGAUACAUACCCGGGUGAUUUUUUAGACAUGAGGGGCCAAGAGGAUCUGUGGUUCCUAGUGGCUCAAGAUCAAAGGGCAGUUUCAGGAUUUGAAUGUUUGCAUGUUCCCAUUGUCAAAUCCCUCCCCGGCCUCUAGGUUAUGCCAUCCGCUCUACAAAGUCACAGACUGAGAGACAGACUGAAGGGAGUUCUGGAGUCAGGCUCACUAGAUUAUUGUCUAUCACAAUGUAACUUUUGACCAGGGGCCUUGGCUAUAAGAAAGACAAAGUACUCUCUUCAAAGGCAAAAGUUUCAUUUCAUUUUCUUAUUCAAAAAUGCCUUGUUGAUUUAUUUUAAGGCUUUCCAGUAAAAAAAAAAAGAUGCACAGUGAUUCAUAUUUUUACUUCAGCCAGUCUCUUAGCCUUUGAGUCACACAGCCAUGGAGAAACUCAGCAGUACUAGUAUCUCUGGUAGGUUAGCUGAUAAUCACCUUCAGAAACGUUCCAGUAUUAUUUUUCUA